AUGUCUGCAACCCCGCAGGCUCCUGCGGUGUUUAUUGCGCAGGCAUGGGCGGCGCCGCCCAGCUACGAGAAGCGCGUGCGCUUUCUUUCAAGGGCCUUCUCCUCCUUCGGGCCGGCGCGAGAGGCGGCCGCCGAUCUGCUCUUUAAGCUGGUGCAGUCCGCCGUGGAUCCUGAAGAUUUCAGGCGUGAAGAUAUGUGGAAGUAUGGGCCAGCGAAGUAUGAGUCCUUGUGGGAGGCUUGUGGGGAGGAGGGUGAGGGAGGGGUCCAGUGGGCCUUGGAGGACGGUGGCCCCGAUGUGCCGGCCUUUGCGCAGGUGCUCAAGUUCACCCUGGGCGAGAGGGCCUCGAAGCCUGAAGUGGUAUGUAGCAUCCCGAAGGAAGAUGAGGACGACGUGGGCCGGGGCGAGGCAGAAGAAGAGGAGAUGCCAAGAGAGUGUGACCCGGAAUGCCACGAUCGAGUUUCAGCGGAAGAAGUUGCCAGCGCCUCAAGGUGGUCCGCGAAGCGCCCGCGAGAGGAUUCGGAGUGGACGUUUCUCGUCGUCUCCAGAGCCAUCGCGCCAGUAUAUGACAUGACUGUUCGUGCCUGCCGUGCUGUUAGUGUCAGUGCGGAAGAGGCGUCCUCCCUGGCUGAGGACAUGCUCUUCGAGAUCGUGGACGACUCCUUCCGCGGCGGUGCUGAGGCUUGCGCUCGCGUGCGCUGGCGUCGGGAGGAAGUGGCCAGCUACACGUCUGACACAUAUGACAAGCUUUGGUCUUCCUGUGAUGCUGGGCGGCCUCCUGCAGGUCCCUUUGCCAAAGUCGAGGUAUGGCGGCUGCCCAUCGAUGCCUCUGAGUCUGACAUCAUCUUGAGCUGCGCGGAAGCUGGUGGCCACGUUGCAUGCACAACACUUUCCGGUGAGCCGGUGGCCAAAGGCGAAGUUCCGUCAGGCUGCGAGAGCUGGAGGAAGUGGAUUGCCACAGCUCCACGGGAGAUACAAGCAGCGGCUUCACGCUUUAAUGGCAAGCUCAAGCUCCUAGAUCAGGAUGGUCAUCUCCUGGCGAAGCUACCGAACCCCCGCCAACCUACGCUCACACUACAGCUGCCCACGUGCAGGCGACUCUCUAGGCAGCGGAAGGCUCCUGUGCCAAGUCCUGAGGGUGCUGGCGCAACAGAAGCUCAUGAAAAGACGCCGAAGAUCGAGCAGUCUUCGCGGAACAGACAUAUUUCCGCAGCUUCCUUUCAUGUUGCUAGAGCACUCUUAUGGGCUUCUGCACCCUUAGGGUUUAGCUUAGGGGUUUAA